AUGAGCGCAGAGGUUGCCUCCAGUUGGAAUUCCUUUCAGGAGACUCAGUCUGAUUUGGAAGUGAUCUUAGAGUUCCUGGAGGACUACUACAGACAAAACACUGCAGAAAAUGGUGUGCCUGUACAUGAGAGAUCUGUGUCUGUCAAUCAAACACGUGUUCAACCCUGGAACUGCCUCGAGCUGUCAGACAGCAAACCUGCUUUUCAGACCUGCCUAGCACACAGUGUCCAAUCAGCCUCCGGCCAAAACACAACAGCAACAUUGUCUGAGCACGGGUCACUGCCAAACUUUGUAUCAACAAGACAAUCAGCGAAACACCCAGCCACCGUAGCGGGGAGAGCUUGCCCAGUGCCUGCAGGUAGAAAGCUGCGACUCUUCCACUUCCUGUUUGAGAUGUUGGAGGAUCCGAGCAUGGCCCACUGUUUGUCCUGGGUGCCGGCAGCCGCCGGGGUUUUCCGCUUUUCCUCCAGGAACAAGGACCAGGUGGCGGCGCUGUGGGGGCAGAGGAAAGGCAACAAGAGGCCCAUGACCUACCAGAAGAUGUCCCGGGCCCUCAGGAACUACGCCCGGACCGGGCACAUCUUCAAGGUGAAGAAAAAGCUCACCUACCAGUUCGGCCGGGAAACGCUGAUGUCCCUGCAGAAGUUUUAUGGAUGAGAUUUCUAGAUUCUUUACAUUUCCCUUUCAAAAUAAAGAAAAGAGACUCUCACUACUAACGUUUAGCUGCUACUGGGAAUUACAUUCAUUAMCAAUAUUCCAUUUAUUAAAAACUAAAGGCAGCUAAAUCAAGUGGUUUUUUUUGUAAUUUACAGUAUUUGUUUCCUUCUUGUUAUAUAUUUACUUUUUUUGUCUCACUACAUUUAUUCUUUGAUUGUAAGAGCUGAUCGUCAGCUCUGCAGUUUUUUAAGGCACAAA